GGUGUCCUGCUGCUGACCCUACUGCUGGGACUCCCAGGAGCAGCUACACUGAACCUGAAGGUGACUCAGCCUGAGAAAUCAGUUUCUGUCCGUGCUGGAGAAUCAGCCACUCUGAACUGCACUGUGACCUCCCUGCUCCCUGUGGGGCCCAUGAAGUGGUUCAGGGGCACAGGACAGAGUCAGAAACUAAUAUAUACUUUCACAGGACAGAAGUUUCCCAGAGUCACAAAUGUUACAGAUGUUACAAAGAGAAACAACCUGGACUUUUCCAUCCGCAUCAGUAAUGUCACAAUUGAUGAUUCUGGUACUUACUACUGUGUGAAGUUCCAGAAAGCAGACUCUAACAAGGAGUUUCUGUCUGGGGAAGGCACAGUGCUAUAUGUUCUUGAACUGAAGACAUCAGAUUCUGCUGAAUUCCUUGUAGCUGUGCUCCUUGUACCCAAAAUGCUACUGGUAAUCGGUGUCUCUGCCCUCUACAUGUACAAGAAGCAGAAGGCCUGA